CUACGAGAUUUGACUAAAUAUUACGAGAAUGUGCGAUAAGAAAAUGGCUGCCUCCUCGGACUGAAGUGGGAAUACUUCGUUGUGCAUUGAGCAUCCAUAAAUUGCCCGAAAAAUGUGUUCUCUUGUGCCUGCAGCUAUUCGUAGCUGCCGUGUACCGCUCUUCAAUUCUAAAACUUUGCUUAUGGGAUCAAAUAUGCAGUGCUUGGCUGUUUUUCAAGGAAAUUUGUUAGAGCCAAAAAGAUAUGUGUCCAGAAGGCAAGCCAAACUUCACCGCUUUCCAACUUUAAAACCAUUUAAAGUGAAGUACACAGGUGACAUUACUAAGGCUCUUGAACCACUUGACCUCAGUCCACUGAAAACUGGCUUUCAUGACCAGUAUUUAAUUGAUAAAUAUAUGGGUAACGAGAUGAUAAAAAGAGCUUGCAGUCUGGAAUUUGCAGAUGGGCAAGAAAAGAUGGCCUACCGACUUUAUGAUAUAACAAGAAAAGUGCAGAUUCAUCCUAAAGAUCUUGAUUCGUUGGAAGUUCGAAUUGCAAAGUGGACAAUAAGGAUUCGCAACCAAAUUCAGCAUUGUACACGAUGCAAACGGGAUAUUCGCUCCAGGGUCCAGUUAAAAGAGAGGAUAGACAAGAGGAGAAAACUUUUGAAAAAAUUGCGAAAAGAAGAUUACAGGAAGUUUAAAUGGCUUUUGGAAUUUUUGAAAAUCAAGUAUAUCCCUCACCCUGAUUAUUAUAGAAAGCUCAGUAAGAGAAAACGGGCACGUUUGGAAAUCGUAAAACAAGCUCUUGCUAUACGUAGAGAAAAGAUUAACACAGUGAAAGAGAGAGUGGACGCAGAGAAGGCCCAAUUUCAGAAGUACAAAGAAGAAGUUUUAGCAAAUGUAGAGCGUCAGUUGAAAGAACUAGAAAUUGAACAGACCAAAUUGCCUAGGAAACCAUCUGUAAAGACAUGAUAUUCAACGGUUUAUGUUUAAAGACUCCUCAUUGACAUUUGCAUCAGGGUCACUCCAAAAUAAGAAGCUUAAGAAGGAAGAUCUUGAAGAUAAAUAGUUUCAUCCAAAACGCAUUGCAACAGACCUUUUUCACUUAAUAAAUAGUGAAUAAGUCUAUGGUUUGAUUUAAAAAUAAUAAUGUGUAAAAUUUAAUAAAUUGAUCUUUUAUCAUUAU